AGGCGUGGGCCUGGUGGGACUGUGUGGUGUGGGGUUUCUUUCAUCACCAUCAAGUAAAAAUAAAAACUUGCUUCCCGCCCUUCCCGCUUCUUCUAUCUUCUUGAAUCUCACUCUUCUCAUCUCAUCUCAUCUCAUCUUUCACCACAAACCCCACAAGCAGCCGACACUUAAUUGGGGUUAAACAUGACCGAUGACAAAGAUCAAGAUAAAGAAAAGGCUAUUGUUAUGGAUACUCCAGAGAGAACCCAGAUCGCUAACCCACUUUCUAAGUUUGAGGACUCCCCAGUUUUCAAUUAUAUCAACAGUCUUUCGCCUAUCAAGCCGGUUAAAUCGGUUCACUUUACACAAACAUUCAGCAACAUAAGUUUUGCAUCGCUUCCAUCCGUUUUCACUUCGCCUCAUGUCAGUUCCCUCAAAGAUUCCAAAUUCCUUAGAAGGCACCAGUUUGCUGAUCCAUCAAAACCUGAACUUACUUCCGAGGACUCAAAGAAAGCUGGAACCGGUGAAGCGAAUUUAAUCGCUGCUCAAAACACAUUAAAGCAGCAAACAGAUAUUAAUUCUAGUAAUCCCAUUACCGAACUAUCUGUUGUGCCAUUAACCCAAUGCUCAAAUCUCGAAUCAAGAAAACUGAACUAUGAAGAUGUUAGCCCCGUCACGAUGAACACAUUAAAGUUAAUGGGUCCGUCAGCAUCAUCCGUUCCAUUCAUCAACGGGCCCACAAGUGGUUCAUUGAGACUCGAAACAGAAAUUGGUAAAGAAGUAUCCGCAUGUGAUUGGGAUAGUUUGAUAUCUGAUGCUUCAGAGUUGCUUAAUUUUGACUCACCGAGUGACACCGUGGCCUAUAAGGACCCUGGUCAAAGCGCGCUAGAUCCUCCAAGUUUCAAUACUUCACUUAUGAACGCGAAACCUCAAGCUAAUGGCGAUAAUGAUAAUUCUUUAGAAAAUAAUGACGGUUUGAAGGGUGCGGCUGAAAAUCAUUUAACGAUCGCUAGUACUUCUUUGAACAAUUUUGACGUUGGAGAGCCAGUGGAGGAUACAGACAAUGAGGGCGGUUCAAAUUUAUACCGUGGCAUGAGAAGACGUUGUUUAGUUUUUGAGAUGGCGGGGUCUCGAAGAAAGCACUUCGAAGACGUCUCAAAUGGCACUUCUGUAAAUUUAUCAGAAUCCAAUCAAACUGUUGUUCCCAUUGAGAAUAAAUUACUCCCAUUGAGGACCGGAAACGAUUCCUCUAAAUGUAAAUUACCCGGAAUCGGUUUGCAUUUGAAUGCUAUUGCUUCAAAUUUAGUGGAGCACAAAGCUGUUAAGCAUGAAAGCUCUGGCUCUGGUAGACAACUUAUUAUUUCACCUUCAUCGGCUGCUUAUUCUUCCGUGGGCUCCGGUCAAGAAUUGAUGACAAAACCGUCUGAUGUACCCUCGUUCGAGAAUGACGUACGGCCCGCUCAAAACGUUGGAGAAGAUGCUUCUAAAGCACUUGGUUUUGUAGGCAAUGAUGAGUUAAGUCAAAGUCAAACUAGCCCGAGAAAGAAGAGGCGUAGAGUGGAAAGUGCUGGAGAUACGGAGGCGGCUUGCAAGCGUUGUAACUGUAAGAAAUCCAAGUGCUUGAAGCUUUACUGUGAAUGCUUCGCUGCUGGGGUGUACUGUGUGGAGCCAUGUGCAUGUCACGAAUGUUUCAACAAACCGAUACAUGAAGAUACGGUGCUUGCAACUCGCAAGCAGAUUGAAUCUCGCAACCCUCUUGCAUUUGCUCCCAAAGUUAUUAAAACAUCUGAUUCUAUGCAAGAGGAUGAAUCUAGCAACACUCCAGCUUCUGCUCGGCAUAAACGAGGAUGCAAUUGCAAAAAAUCUGGCUGCCUCAAGAAAUACUGUGAAUGCUAUCAGGGUGGCGUUGGAUGUUCUAUCAACUGCAGAUGCGAAGGAUGUAAGAAUACAUUUGGUCGCAAGGAUGGUGGUUCGGAAAUGGAUCCAGAGGCCAAUGAGUGUGAAGGAAAUGCGAGUGAUGGAAGCUUACAAAUGGCAUUGUAUAAUGAAUCCGAGCCAGUUUCUGCUACUCCCGCAACUCCUUCACGUUUUGGCAGGUCUAUCUCGUUGCCAAACUCAAAGGGCAAACCACCGCGAUCAUUUCUAGCCAUUGGAUCCUCCAGUGCAAGAUUUGGAAAGUUGAAUCAUUUUAAAGGUGGUCUGAAUAAGCAACUACAAACGGUGGGGGAAAACGAGAUACCUGACAUUCUUGAAGACAACAGCGGGUCUCCAAUCAGUGGUGUAAAAUCUUGUUCACCAAACAGUAAGAGGGUCUCGCCGCCACACUCGGGCAUGGGUCAACGAAGCAGCAGGAAGUUGAUUUUGCAAUCAAUUCCUUCGUUUCCAUGUCUCACUCCCAACCCGAAACAAUGAUGCGUGCAAAUCAACAAGCAAUAUAUGCUUUUUUUCCCCAAUGUGUAUGGAUGGACGGAUCGUUAGUUAUGUUCCUUUAGUUACUGUGUAGCCUUUUCUUUAUUCUUUUUUGAUGUUUUAGUUGUAUGGUUACUUACUCAGCUUAUAAAACUCUGCUUGUAAAAUAAUAAUAUCAUGUUCUUAGUUUGUUUUA